AUGCGCCUCUUCCUUCUCCCCGUGUCGACGCGGCGCACCUUCAUGUACGCGCAGCGCCUGCACGUCACCACGUCCCCCUCGGACCGCAGCUACGUUGACCGCGGCGCCGCCUGGGCGGCCAAGAAAUGGGCCGAGUGGGAGAAGAAGGAGUCGGGCUGGCAGCGCAAGGUCGUCGACUACGGCAACCACGCGUUUCGCCGCAUCCCAUACGAGGAAUGGGGCCUCAAGUCGGUGCCGCCCCUGUCGGCCCGCCGUCGCGACGACGAGCUGCGCGGCAAGGAAAAGGUCGAGCUCGUCUUCCCCCCCAGCGCCAUUGCCCUCGAAAAGGCUGAGCAGCUGGCCCUGCGGCUGGCGACUGAGAGGCAGGGCCUGCACAAGCAAAAGAUGUUGUGGUGUUUUGUGGGGAUGCCCAUCACCAUACCCUUUGCGCUGGUGCCAAUAAUUCCCAACCUGCCCUUCUUCUACCUCGUGUACCGCGCGUGGUCACAUUGGAAAGCCAUAUCAGGAGGCAAGCACAUCCAGUGGCUCGUCGAGAACAAGCUGCUGCAGCCCUCGCCCUCCAAGAUCCUCGACAAGCUCUAUAGCAGCAAGGACCCAGCUGCAGCUGAGGCAUCCGGCCGCGAGGAGCUGCUCCUCACGCAGCAGCAGGUCCGUACCUUUUCCGAGGCCCUCGACGUCCCCGCUCUCGAGAUUGAACUCGAGCGGGCGAUAUGGCAGGUGGAAAAGGCCGUGGCAGACAAGGAUCACGGCAAAGCGGCCGCCUCGACUACCAAAAAAUCCGACUCGGAAGAGUCCCAGGACAAACAACAACCGACAGGACAGGACAAGGAGAAGAAGCAAUGA